UAUUGUCUAAGGGUGUUCAAAAAUAUCUGACCCGGUAACUUGAUGACUCGCAAUUUAAAUGGCGGGUUAUUUUAUUGAAAAAAUUAUAUGUUACGGGUCGGGUCAUGAGCCGCUUAAUGAAAUUAAACGGAUACCCGUUGACCCCUUAAUAUCAAGGAAAAUAAAAUGUAUAAAAAAAACCUAUUUCUUAUUUGUCGCCACCAUUUUCAUUUUAUCGCCACCCCCCCCCCUCGAAUGAAAUUACGACUUUACCCCUGAAAUUUAAAAAAUUACGAAAAUGCCACUAAGCUUAUAACUUCUAUAAAAACACUUCAAAUCCACUCAAUAACACUUUCAUCACUUCCAUAAAAUCAAAUUCUUCACAUAAAAUUAAGCGGAGCUAAAACUUUGGAAUCGAAAUCGUCAACAAAAAUUCGAGUAAAUGGCUGGAAAUCAAGGUAAAGGAAAAGGGUUUUUUAGAGGUUUAUUAAGCGGCAAUAGAUCUAGGCCUACUUUACUGAGAGGUGAUCCCCAUGAGAGGGGGGUUACGGGAUCUGCAAGGCGAGCAAGGCAAGAACAAGCGGCCAUACAUAGUCAGGCCCAACGUUCAAGUACCCUAGAGCAAGUGCGUAGUCGCUUUGAGCGCCAAAGUAGCCUACAUAGUCAUACGGUCGGCUCAGGUGACGAUGAUACUGAUUACGACGAGUCUCUUAGUCGGGAAGAGUCUCUUGGUCAGGAUGAGUCUGCAUGUCAUCCUAUUGAUUGGACGAUCGUAAGAGGCCAUGCUGUUAAGUUCAAGAUUAGAGGGCAGGGCUCGAGUGGCACUUCUGAUCAGGCAGGAGUAAGCCAGGCUGAGGAUGCGGCUCCACGGGGGAGGAGGCGAUCGCAGUCCGCGGACACGGACUGGUUAAUCACAUCAGCCCAGCCCGGGGGCCCUGUUGAUACUACUUUAAUACCCAGCUACGGUGGGCACGUAGCAAAGGCUAUAUUUGAGGGAUCGGAGCGCACCCCUCCGAUUUUGGAAUGUCGUGCUCGGAAGAAAACGUUGGAUUUAAUCAUUAGACUUCAGGACAUGUCUGAUGAAUUGUACAGGGUGUUACCUGGUACUCCCCUUGGUCGUUUGCCGUAUAUAAUGCACCAGCACAUCGACAGUGCUCUCAUUACGACAUUUGUGGAAAGGUGGCAGCCUGACACCAACACCUUCCACAUGCCGUGGGGGGAGAUGACCAUAAUGUUGCACGACGUGCAACGCAUCUUGGGAAUUGGCAUUGACGGUUCACUUCCCGUGCAACCGUUUGAUAAUGAAUGGCAGCUUGGCCUGGCCGGCCUUUUUGGUAUGCCAUUGUCGGAGCUGCGUGCGAAGGGACACUUCACAAGCGGUAGCAUUAAUGUUGGUGCACUGUUGCAGCUAUGCCACCGUUCUCAGUCUAUGGAUACUCAACGUACCGCCUACUACAUGGCUAUAGUAGGUUCCACGUUGCUCGUGGAUAAGACUAGAGUCGGGAUGCGUCCUCACCCUGUUGUUACUGUUACCGCUGAUCAGGCUGACAUUGCUUGGGCCUUCCGCCCCCAUCCGCGUCAAGCUGACAUGCCGAACAAGACAAUGGCAGAGAUGUGGUCCCCGCCGAAGCCAAUCCGCGAGCUGAGCAGACUGAUAGACUGUAGGAGCAUACUGGAUGCCAUGACAGAGGCACAGGUGGAGUGGACUCCGUACUUGACUUAUGAUAGGUCUUUAUUGAACGAGCACCCACGUACCUCCUAUAUCGGUGGUAUCACCUGUUUCGAUAUCGUGGAGGUCUAUUUGCCUGAGAGGACAGUGAGGCAGCUCGGUUUUGCACAGGAGAUUCCCCCGGCUCCGCUGAGACCUACCCAAGCUUUGCGACCAGCACAGGGCUCCUACUCAGUUACAUUCGCUUCUUCUUGUAUGUUUACGGAGAUGUGGAGUAGGUUCCCUUACUGUGCCCGCGUAGUGGAGCAGGCACUGCAUCGCGCAUCGGUUCCAUCAGAGGCUGCCCCGGAUUACGUGGACUGGUUUAGAGUGUCUUCCCACUGUUUUCUCAUCCCAGGUGAAGGACCUGCUGCUGCGUUUGGUGCUGCGGAUAACAGAGUCGAAUAUUUUGCUGCUGAAUUUCCAACUUGACUUGCACUAUUGCUCAGGAUGCCAGCUAUUGCUCAAAUGACGCCUCGGGAAAGAGAUGCUGCUGAUAUGUAUUUAGAGGAUCUUAGAGAGUUGUUUUCCGAAUGGCAAGAGUGUAGAGGGCGUAGCCC